AUGAUAAUGAACAACCAAACUGUCAUCUUCCGAUUUCUCCUCCUGGGACUGCACAUCCCCUCAGAGCACCAGAACCUGUUCUAUGCCCUGUUCCUGGUCAUGUACCUCACCACAGUCCUGGGAAAUCUUAUCAUCAUCAUCCUCAUUCUACUGGACUCCCAUCUCCACACACCCAUGUACUUGUUUCUCAGCAACUUGUCCUUCUCUGAUCUCUGCUUCUCCUCUGUCACAAUGCCCAAAUUGCUGCAGAACAUGCAGAGUCAUGACCCAUCAAUUCCCUACUCAGGCUGUCUGACACAAAUGUACUUUUUAAUGGUUUUUGGAGAUAUGGAGAGUUUCCUUCUUGUGGUCAUGGCCUAUGACCGUUAUGUGGCCAUCUGUUACCCACUUCAUUACACCAGUAUAAUGAACCCCAGGCUCUGUGUGUAUCUGGUAGCACUGUCCUGGGUACUUACUGUGCUGUAUUCCAUGUUACACACCCUACUCUUUGCUAGAUUGUCAUUCUGUGAGGACAAUGUGGUCCCCCAGUUUUUCUGUGACAUAUCUGCUCUGCUCAAGUUGGCCUGCUCUGAUAUUUAUAUUAAUGAACUAAUGAUAUUUAUCUUGGGAGGACUUGUUAUUGUCAUCCCAUUCCUAAUCAUUGUUGUUUCCUAUGUACAAAUUGUCUCCUCCAUCCUAAGAGUUUCUUCUGCUCAGGUUAUUUACAAGGUCUUCUCCACUUGUGGCUCCCACCUGUCUGUUGUGUCACUGUUCUAUGGAACAAUUAUUGGUCUCUACAUAUUUCCAUCAGCUAAUAGCUCAACUGUGAAGGAGGCUGUUAUGGCCAUGAUGUACACAGUGGUGACUCCUAUGCUGAAUCCCUUCAUCUACAGCCUGAGGAACAGAGAUAUGAAAGAGGCCCUGAUAAGAGUCCUUUGCAAGAAAAAAAUCUCCUUAUAG